AUGUACAAAGCGGCAGGAUCCGAGUCGCUGAAAAUCAAGCCAUAUUCCAUUAACUAUUCUAGUGCUGUGUUAGAUAUUUUGGAAGGCCAUCCUGGUUUGGCUUUCCUUCAAAAGGCCAAAGAUUUUCAUUCGCGUUAUGUGACAACUGUAGUUGCGCGGAUCUUCUUCAGUGUUAACUCAUCUUGGUCUGGUCGAAUCUCAAUUGGCGAAUUGCGCAGAAGCAACUUUCUCUCUGUAUUGAACAGUCUUCAGGACGAGGAUGACAUCAAUCUUAUCACUCAAUACUUCUCAUAUGAGCAUUUUUAUGUGAUAUACUGCAAAUUCUGGGAGAUAGAUGAUGACCACGAUCUGAUAAUUACUAAAGCUGAUUUGACCCGACACAAUAACUAUGGUAAUGUGUGUGAGGCUUCUGACUUUGCAUAUAGUCUGUCUUAUCCCUUUCUUAUUGAACACUUAUAG